GUAUGAGCAAUAUAUGCAUUUGCUUGUGGCGAUGCGAUGCUAUGUGUUACUGGCAGCUUUGCUACUCUCAUCGUGCCAUGGCGAGCUAGACUGCGAUGAGUUGGAAAGAGUGGAAGAGUCAGAGGCAGAUGCAUUGAGAGUGCAGCUGCUGCAGCAAAAGGUGAGGCGGCAACAUGAGACCUUAAAUCAGGUACCCUCGUCAGAGCGCUUCAGCUUGCCGAUGGCACGUGCAUUUGCUGCCUUAAGUCAAGCCGCAUUUUGUGGUGCAGACGAGACGUUGAGGAACUGGACUUGUAGCGCAUGCCAUUCCGUGGGGUUUACCCUCUCAGCUGGGACAACCCGGCUGGUCCGCCAGGCCGAACUUGGAGAAGCUGACUCUACCUUCAUUUUUGCUGCGCGGAUGAAAUGGCUUGAGGGCGAGCACAGUCAACACGCUUGGCCACCUGCUCGGCCUAGAGAGUCAUUGAAGAACCCCAAAGAAGAUUGCUACGGACACUGUGCCAAAAGAGGAGGCUUCUGUGCUUGGUGCGGUGUGGGGAACGCAUGCUGCCGCCAGGGUGAGGCUAGUGAUCCUGCUGAGUGCUUCAACGCCACGUUUAGCGGUGUUGAGCAUCAUGAGUGCGUUGAAGUCCCAUCGCCAGCAAGACACAUCCCGGUGCAGCAUGAACAUGAAGACUGCUGGAUCUACUGCGGGAAGGCUGGUGGCUUUUGCGAUUGGUGUGGCGCCGGGAAUGCGUGCUGCAAGGCCGGCUAUGAGUUUGACCCCAUCGAAUGUCGUGGUGCCAAGAAUGCGAGUGACCAGCACCAUGUUUGCACAGCGUUGUCACCCACAGUGCCAACACCAACUUCCAAUGAUUUUGGUUGUGUGCUUGCAAUUCGUGGUUCCAAAACGUUCACGAAUGCACUGCACGACGCCUUCUUCUGGAGUGACGACUUGCCACAUGAGGACUGUGAGGGUUGCCAAGUCUUUGAUGGCUUUUGGCGAGUAUGGACUGGCAUUGAGAGCAAAGUGGAGCGUGUUCUCGUCGACAAUGGCUGCAUUCCAGGCACCAGUCAGGGUACUAUUGUACUCACUGGGCAUUCUUUGGGCGCAGCAGUGGCCACCCUUGCUAUGUACAUGCUGCAACUUCGUGGCUACAGCGUCGGCCUCUCCUACAACUUUGCUUCCCCACGGGUUGGAAAUGAUGCAUAUCAUGAUGCAUUUGCAAAGAUGUUCAACCGGACUGUGCCUUUGUAUCGGAUUACACGUGGCCGUGAUCCGGUGGUGCACGUUCCGCCGCUGCCAAUCUACCAUCAUGUGGGUUCUGAAGCCUACUUCUCAGGUAAAUCGCAGGAGGACGUGGUGGUUUGCUUGGAUGCAGAGGAUGCCAAGUGUGCCAAUCGAUACUCUCUGAUUGAGACAGUCAUUUUUGGUCUUGACCACUGCAAGUCAGAGCUCGUGGCUGAGGGCAGAGGUUUGGGACUGGGCAUUUGCCAAUGUGUUACAUAACUCCACCAUGCCACAAAGCAGGCGAGUGGGAAGUCUUUGUUUACUAAACAGUCGGUUUGAAGAACAUCAGGCUUGGCAGCA